CGCCACGAUAAACAAGGGAGUACCGUAUUUGAUGUUCCCCUUUGUGCAUCGCUACAGUGGCCAAAGUCGAGUGAUCAAAGUGUUUCACAAAGUCCAGUAAUGGCAUGCGAUGUUUGUUCACUGUUAACUAUACAAAGCCAUAAGAGCAUCCAUCGCUGUCCCAUGGAAGGAGGAAGAGGUUUCCUCCAUGAAUGAGCAGGAGGCUUUCGUGCCUGCAACUAGAGGCAAGACGCACACCCUUCCCCCCACUCGUGCAGAAAAAUGUGAAUGAGGAUGAAACAGCAUCCCCUCCAUCCAACCCCCUCACAUCCCUCUCCUCUCCUUCCCCGCCUCCCCAUACACUUCCCUCUUUCCCGGGACCCAAGCCCAACAUUGGCGUGAUUCCUACGAUUGGACCGCCCAAUCGUUGCAACACGUACACACACGUCACCACGUACGGUAUAUUGUCUGCCCGUACAUACGUCAUGCCAACUACUGCACUGCACACGCUCACGCGGCAGCAUCAUGGGUUCCGCGCUCACUCAAUGAGCAGCAUCAGUCAAUGGGUGAGAAUGAUCAACGCUGACACUUGAGGAGAAGGGCGGCGGGCACGCGCUCAGCCGAAUGAGCGUUGUUUCCGCAUCACUGACAACUUUAUCAAACAAUUUCAGUCAAGAAAAAAGGAUGUGUGGAUAGGGUGCAAGUGAGCCCUCCAAGUGCUUUGUGGACACCUCGCUUCCUGUGACAAUUGUCUUUUACCACAUGCAGUACAAUUGAAUGUGCUGUCUCCAGUUGUCGUGGUUAAUUUACUGCAUCAUGAAAGCAUGUCCAGUAUGUAUACAUACAAACCAUAUGUACAUAUGUACUAUGUGUAUAUACAGUGUGUGUGUGGGUGUGUGGGUGUCCUCACAUUAUUGUGGUACGUGAUGUACUAUUUUUAUUUUUGGCUUCAUGAAUGAACACCCCUCCCCCCCAACCACCAUCAUCACCACUGUUCUCUUUCAACAUUUUUCUCCAUAUCAUCUUCAAACUUGGAGCACAUGGUGCAUUUCCCAACCUCCAGCACCAACAUGCUGGGCCCCUCCCACUUUGUGUUGCUUUCGACCAAUGAGAGCGCUGCGGCUCUCUUGGGCUCUGCUGCAGCACUGGCAUGAUUGGCUGCUAUUCUUAGACCAUUUUUUGGAGGGAGGCGUGGAUGAGAGUAACUCCUGCCUGUGUUUACACACACACACGCACACACGCAAGAGCAGGCAGUAAUGGAUUGAAUGAAGGAGAGUUGGGAAGGAAGACGUAUGAUGACAGCAUUCCCACGGUGCUUCCAGCUCUCGCUUUCUCGGACGGCCGCUUGUAUUGAUCAAGGCUUUCCCCGGGGCUCGCGGUGGCUUCCUCCCAGGGACAUGGUGAAGAAGCACAGGGCAGUGACGGACAAUGACCGCAAAGCUCGGCUCUCCCACCUCAAUUUAAUUCUUGUUCCCAUGCUUGAUUUUGCGCUGAAAUGCCAGAAGUGAAUCCUUUCGUCUCGGAGUCGAGGAUUUUCAUUCAGUUCAAGAGAAUGUUGAACCGAGAACUCACCCAGCUGUCCGAGACCAGCCGCUCUGGUAACCAGGUCUCUGAGUUCAUCUCAAGUACCUUCCUAGAGAAGCAACAUGACAUGGACAUCAUGACUCCUCCCACGAAGGAAGAGAAGAAGAAGCGACCGAUGUCCCAGAUCAGUGGUGUGAAGAGGCCUACUCACAGUCCCAGCCUCGCACCCACCGCCAUCCCUCGCUUCGGAGUCAACGCCACCCAGGAGGGUCUUCUAGCCAAGGAAUUGGAGGAUAUUAACAGAUGGGGAAUUGACAUCUUUAAGGUCUCGGAGCACUCUGGGAAUCGUCCGCUCACGGUCACCAUGUAUACCGUUUUCCAGGAACGCGACCUGCUCAAGUCUUUCAAGAUUCCAGUGGACACUUUCAUUACCUUCAUGAUGACUUUGGAGGAUCACUACCACGCAGAUGUGGCGUACCACAACAACAUCCACGCGGCCGACGUCGUCCAGUCCACUCAUGUGCUACUUUCCACGCCUGCGCUCGAGGCCGUGUUCAGCGAUCUCGAGAUCCUCGCCGCACUCUUUGCCAGCGCCAUCCACGAUGUGGAUCACCCCGGGGUUUCCAAUCAGUUUCUCAUCAACACCAACUCCGAGCUGGCCUUGAUGUACAACGACGCAUCAGUGUUGGAGAACCACCACCUGGCUGUCGGCUUUAAGCUUCUGCAAGAGGACAACUGCGACAUUUUUCAAAACCUCAGCAAGAAACAGAGACACUCGCUACGCAAAUUAGUCAUUGACAUGGUGCUCGCCACUGACAUGUCCAAACACAUGAACCUGCUGGCAGACCUCAAAACAAUGGUCGAGACCAAGAAGGUCACCAGUUUGGGGGUUCUGCUUCUGGACAAUUACUCAGACCGCAUUCAGGUCCUUCAGAACAUGGUGCACUGUGCAGAUCUGAGUAACCCCACCAAGCCGCUUGAGCUGUACCGGCAGUGGACGGAUCGGAUCAUGGUGGAGUUUUUCACCCAAGGGGACAGGGAGCGCAACAAGGGCAUGGAGAUCAGCCCCAUGUGUGACAAACACAACGCCUCCAUUGAGAAGACUCAGGUGGGUUUCAUCGAUUACAUCGUCCAUCCUCUUUGGGAGACGUGGGCCGACCUCGUUCACCCCGAUGCGCAAGAGAUCCUAGACACCUUGGAGGAUAACAGAGAAUGGUACCAGAGCAUGAUCCCCCGCAGUCCUUCACCCAAUCCUGAAGGCCCGGAAGAAAGGGGAGUCACCGGAGAAGCGUCGGGGUUAUGCACAGGCGCACCGUCCACCGACAAGUUCCAAUUUGAGCUGACCUUGGAGGAGGAGGAGGGAGAAUCUGAGACGGAGAGCCUGCCUGAGGAAAUGCGAGGUAACAAAGAGAGUCAAGCAUCCGGAACUGAUUCUGGCAGAGGCUUAGAUGCCAGAUCUGCUCAGCCGCUCCCUAAAACCAUCACUGCGGAUGCAACCAGGACGUUUUCUGCACACUGCGAUAAAGACGUGGCAGCAGAAAGUGGGACAGACACGAGAUCAGACGUCCGACUCGACACAUAGCACCCUUCCCAAGUUCCUUUUGUGGUUUUUUUUUUCUUCUUUUUUUGAGGGGGUGGGGGUUACUUUUCAUCUUGAUUUCAGUGCCUCAUCCGCUGCCACUCCGUUUCGCCAAGCCCCACACAAUCUUGACCUCGGGAGGAGCCUCGGGAUGAGGAGCACUUGGGUGCAACUGUGAAGCAAGUCUGCAAGUUGAAGUGGGCGCUUGCACUCAUGACAGAGAGCUGGACUGGGCCCAGUAAAGGACGCCAAUCCAUUUUUCGGACUGUCCGUUUCUGUUCCGUCAGUCAGACGCACUGUGGAUGUUCCGCAGGGACUAUGUGACAAAAAAUACUCGUUCCGCCCCGAAACUAAAUUGUCUUCCUCUUUUUGGAGUUUUUUGUAAAGAUGCUGAGGAAGUGGCGAAUGGUGUGAAAAACACAAUGACGUCAGCUUGAUUAGCUCGUCCACUUGAACUUGGCUAAGGUUACUUGAAGAGGUUUUGCCUCAUUCAAGCGUGCUUCCCACGUCGUGACAAACAACAGGGAGCAUCUCCCUGGCAAGAGGUUUUGCCAAACUAGCAAUUGGACAGUGUUGUUUUGUCUGGCCUUUGAAAUCCUUUGCUUUGUCAUGCUGUCUUUUCAUUGAGGUCACUGUCAUACCGGUGCAAGCGUGUCGGAGCCUGAAACCCAGCAGACAAAUUUGAGUGACUCCUGUCAGCCAUUGGAAGAAGAAUAUGAUUAGAAUGAAUGACCAACAGCUUUUUUUAAACAUUGUCCCCUGCCUCCACCUUGUUACCUCUACUUGUGUACUUGUGUGUAUCGGGCUAUGCAUUUGGUACCUGGGCCUUCAGGGACUUUUCCCACCUAAUCCACCGUUUAAUAGCACCACUAUCACGGAACCAAAACGCAGGUUAGCUGCCACCUCCAUCAUCUGGAGCAAUAGUUAUGUCAUGACCCAAAAAAUAUUUUUUAACUUUCUAAAAUGCAUCAUACUCAUCAGAGUUGCUAAUGAUUUAACAUAUUAAUGAGUACAGCUCGACACAGAUUUGCAAGUCAAAGUUGACUGAACCAGUUUUGCUCCGACCAACUAAUCAGGACCGACCAAUUCUUACAUCAUCACUGAGGGCUAGUUCACUGGCCCUGGAAAGAUGAAUUUGAGAAAUGAUUGGUUUAAUAUGUACUGAUCAAAAAAAUUAAGGGAACACUUGGAGUUACAUUGUGCUGUUUAAGUGUUACCUUUAUUUUGUUGAGCCGCUUAGUUUAAGAUACAUAGGCCGGCGCUUUGGAUUCUGAAGGCCCUGGGUAGAUUCAUUUGUUAUACACUGUACAGUAAAAUAAAAUACCUUUUCAGGGGGUAAAACAAACAAAAGCAAACAAAAAAGACAAAUACACAUAUACAAACUAAAAAACACACAAAACAAACUGCAAAACAAAAACGCUGCAAAUAAGAAAGGCUGCAAAUGGCCAAACAGGAAUGAGGCAAACAAAAAACAAACACAUAAAUGCAAUCACAGCAACAAAGUACUAUAAACCACAAAACAAAUGCAAAAAAAAAAAAUAAUAACGCUGAGGAAAUCCAAAACAAGGUUCACGCCACUCAAACUAAGUUUACCAGGCCACUAGGGGACACUGCAGGACCAGUGCCGUGAGACCAGAUACAAGAUUCCCGCCGUUUUCCUCUCUCAGAUGAACUUCUGUCUUUUGUCGAUCUGUAAUUGUCUUGCGUUAAUUAGAUAUGGUACAAGCUGUUAUAAAGAAACACAGGGUCAAACCGUGUAACUAAGAUGCUCGAUUAUAAUCUAGUAAAAGACAAUGUCAUACGUGUGUUUAAAAAAAACAUGUACCUUUUGUUUUCUCCAAAGGACUGCCAAUGACAGUAGCUAUGAAUCAGGCAAUUCCGCUCAGGUCUUUACAAAGAAUGGCCUGGCGUGAACUUACAUUUUUUUUUUCUUGCCUGUCAUUUUUGAGUUGUUGUGUUUUGGAUUUCAGCAACGUUUUAUUUUGGGGUUUUUUCCAUUUUGUUUUGUGGUUUGUAAUGUUUGCUGCCACUUUGUUGCUGUGAUUCCAACAUUCUUUCAUAUGGGUGUGUGUGUGUGUGUGUGUGUGUGUGUGUGUGUGUGUGUGUGUGUGUGUGUGUGUGUGUGUGUGUGUGUGUGUGUGUGUGUGUUUUACAUCAUUCCUGUAUUUUGCAGUGUUUGACCGUUUACAGCAUUUCUUACUUACAGCAUUUUUGUUUUGUUGUUGUCUUGUUUUUAUUUAACUUCCAUGUGUGUGUUUCUAGUUUAUUGCUUGUUUGUUUGUUCGCAGCGCAUUUUUCCCUGUUAGCCACCUACAAAGAGGCCAAAAUGUGUUUGGAGAAAAACAUCCACGUAAACACCCUUGAAGCAAUGCAUCAAACAAAAACACGACAAUAACCAAAUAUUACAGUUUAGGUUUGUAAAUGCAGCGCAGUGCUUCUGAUAGUGUUUAUUAAGCAAGCAGAGAAAGGCCUGGCCGGCCUUGACAUCUCACCGAUGGUCUGGAAACUUAAGAAAUCAAGUGUCGACACAUCCAGGAAAUAACAGCCACAUCAAUGUGGUCUGUUUACAUGGUGCCCCCUAGUGUUGAAAAGUAGUCCUUCAU